AUGCUCUCCCAGCAAGCGCAGGCGUCCCUUCUCGCCGACAUGCAGGUUAUGAGAGCGGAGUUGGGCGCUCUCAAAACCAGGGUAAACGACCUUUCCGACAAACUUAACGGGCCUAUGGCCGAGAGUGCGCGCCCUGCAGCCAGCAGCGUGAGCCCUCCUGGUCAUACCGGUCCCGUCGCCGACAACAACCCCGACGAGAACGACGGCAAGGACGCCUUGAUUGACCAGCUCAAAGCUGAAGUCAAUAGCCUCCAAGUCGAAAACGCCAAACUUCUCGCGGAGAAGGUCGCUUUAGUCGGCGAGAAGGAACGCGAAAAAAAUCGGGCCGACGAUAUGGCGAAGGUUGCUGAGGCGCAUCAUGCGUAUAUCGUCAGGAUGGGCCACGAGCUGGUCUAG